AUUCCGCUCAACAUGGCUCUUCAGGUGUGGACGGUUGGGGAGGACGAUGAGGACCUCAAGAACCACAGGGAGCUCCUGCCUCUCUCCAAGCUCCAAGAGAUUGGUGUGUUAUAUUGGCAUUUGGACCCAAAGAGACCUGAAAGCGAAGAAGAGCUAGCGAAGAUCCGCAAAGACAGAGGAUAUAACUACAUGGAUCAUCUCGAUAUAUGCCCUGGAAAGUUAGCAAACUUUGAGGAGAAGCUCAAGAACUUCUUCACAGAGCACAUGCAUGCCGACGAAGAGAUCCGCUACAACUUGGAAGGCGGCGGGUACUUUGAUGUGCGCGACAAGGAUGACAAGUGGGUUCGGAUCUGGAUAAAAGAAGGGGAUAUCAUCGUGCUGCCGGCUGGAAUUUAUCAUCGGUUCGCCCUCGACGCCGCCAACCAUGUGAAGCUCAUGAAGCUAUUCCUAGGAGAACCAGUGUGGAUAGCGCACAACCGGCCUCAGGAGGACCAUCCGGUGUGGCAAGAGUAUGUGAAGAGGCUAACGGACGACAAUGCUGGUCUUGCUCUGGCAGCACACUGA